AUGGCCGCCGCGGGCGAACGCGUGUGGAGCGCCUUGCUCGCCGGCGCGCGGCGCGAGGCCGGCGCGACGACGGUCGUGCUCGGCGAUCCGGGGUCGGGCAAGUCGACGCUUGUUGCGAGUAUCUGUGCGAAAGCGCCAAAGAAGGAGGCGGCCGGCGCGCUCGACUAUACCUACACACACGACGAGCACGGGCUCGUGCAUGUCUAUACGCUGCACUCGGCGGACGCGAGCGUCGCGGCGACGCUCCCGUACGCGUUCCCGCCGGUGAGCGAGGGGCGAGCGUCGCUGCAUGCGGUGCGUGGCGCGCGCUUUGUGCUUGUGCUCGACUGGCACGCACCGUGGCGGUUUGUCGAGCAGCUCGAGGCGUGGCUCGCGCUCGUGCGCCACGUCGUGGGGUCUGCCUACGCGCCCGACGAGGACGCGGUGCGUGCUGCGAUGCAGCACGAGCGCGUGCAUGCGCUGGGCGGGGGCCGCGCGCUCCCCCCCGGCCUCCUCGCCGAAAACCUCGGCGUGGAGAUCACGAUUGUGCUCGCCAAGAGCGACGCGGUGCCGCACCUCCUCAGCGAGCGGCACAUUACCGAGGCGCAGCUCGACUAUGUGCAGCAGGUCGUGCGUACGAUUGCCAUGCGGUACGGCGCGGGGAUCGUCGCGACGUCGCGGCAGCGCCCCGGCUCGUUCGAGGCCGCGCGCGCGUUCCUCGCCACGGGCGCCGGCACGGCCUCUACCAACGACGCGGCGCUCCUGUGCGUCCCGCGGAGCUGGGACUCGUGGAGCAAAAUUGCGGUGCUCGACGAGUCGUUUUCGUCGCAGGACACGGCCGCGGCGUGGGAGGCGGACCUCGGCGGGGCCGACGUCCUGCGCACGCACGAGGCGCAGGCCGCGGUGCCGAUGCCCGACUCUGCCGCGUUCCUCGCGCAGCUCUACGCGCAGCAGCAGGCGUCCGGCGAGGCGUCCGCGGACGACGUCCCGGGCGCCGCACGCAACGCGGCGCUCGCCGAGCAGCAGGCGCGCCCCGACGAGACGCCGCGGCGCACGCGCCUGACGAUGGCCGCCGCAGACCUCGAGCCGCAGGCCAACUCGCCGGGCGUCACGACGCCGAAGCAGACCGAGGUGCUACACAGCUUCUUCCAGAGCCUCCUCAAAAAGCCGGGCAGCCCGGGCUCGGCGCCCGGCACGCCGAGCGCCCGGCGGCCACGCGCGAGGGACGAGUCAUAG